UGUUAAUGUUAGAAGAAGUUGUGCCUCGCAAAGAAGCUCACACACUUUCAGGAAUCAGAGAAACUUUUUCAAUUUCUGCGAAACAAUUGUAUCAAGUAUGUAUGAGAGAUAGUGCUCUUAUUAUCGAUUUUUUUGAAACGUAUGUCUUAUAUAUUUCGAAAAAAAAUAAUUAAAUCUAUUUUAAAAAUAUAUACCGUUCUCAUGCGUAUAGAUUCGAACAACAUGGAACAAAUCGAAAUCGGAGUCGCCGAAAUCGAAAUCGACGAGAAUAAUCAAGUUACACCGGCAGACUCAAUCAAUAUGGAACAUUUCGAAAUGGCAGUCGAGGAUAAUGAUGAUCAAGUUACACUGGCAGACUCAAUCAAGGCACAAACCGAAAUGACAAUCGACGAUGAGAAUGGUAUGUUAGUGCCAUUGAUAGACAUGUUAACAGAUCGGGAGAAAUCGGGAUUAUCUAUUGACGAGUUCGAAUUUUUGGAUCAAUUUCCCCCGACUAACGUGAUUCUUCCCGGAGUGAACUGUAGUCCAAGACAAGUUAUCGCGUUUUUAAUAAGUGCACGUGAAACGCCUCGUUUUAAUUUAAGAAAGCUCCAUUAUAACUACAAGAUAAAUAGUAUAAAUUAUACGAAAACGGAUGUGUAUACGUUUACUGAUGCUAUGGCUAUCGAAGACGAUGUCAUCGUUAUAUGUUAUUUGAGUUGUUUAGAACAGGAAUAUUUGGCUAUGCCAGGAAUGCAAGAAUUAUUUGCUAUGAUGGAAGUCAAAUAUGAUCUUGUGCGCGAUAACGCGAUACAUAAAAUUAAGCAUUUUGCGAUUACCUGGGGUCAGGUACUAUAUUCCUUUCCAAGCAUAUCCUUGGUAUGUACUUAUACACCAUCCAAAAUACCAUAUUCUGCAGACUUGUGUAUAUAUAUGGACCAAUUAACAUCUAGCAUAAGGAAAAGAUUGAUUUGGAACUACCAGGUUGCUUCAAUUCUCCCUAAAUUAGAGUCAAAGUCAUUCCCUAUAACGUGUCUCAUAGCGAUAGAAAUUGAAUUAAAUCAAUUAGCCAAUAAAAUUAAUGCCUCGCUUAGUAGAGAAACUCAAGUUUCACAGAUUUAUGAGAAUACUAGUUUAUUAUGUCUUUCUGAAGCCUUCCUGAAGCUUUGAAAUUGAAGCUAUGCGAGAAAUGGAACAUUAUACAAAAGUCAAUGAACAACAUAACCAGUAUAAAUUUGCCGAUUAUUUUGAAGAACGUUAUACU